AUGUUUGCUCGUCUCUCUUCUGUCGCUCUAUUGGCUUUGCCUCUCCUUGCGUCCGCCACUGCCGUUGUUCCCCGCGGCGAUGGCGCGUCCUGUGCCACUGGUACCACGCAGUGCUGCGAUUCUGUUCAGAGCCCCACCUCGAGUGCCGUUCAGACCCUCUUGGGCCUCCUCGGGAUCCCUAUUGGCGAUGUCACUGCGAACGUUGGUGUUACCUGCAGCCCCAUCAGCGUCAUCGGCGUCGGCGGUACCUCGUGCUCUAACCAAGUGGUCUGCUGCCAGAACAACAACUUCAACGGUGUUGUUGCACUCGGCUGCACCCCCAUCAACGUCGGCCUUUAG